AUGGCAAACAAUAAGUACAGAAAUGUUACCAGCACUGAACACUCAGGAAGCGUGAGCUUUUUCUCAUCUCUAUUUUUCCAAUGGAUCAACAUUCUAAUAAAGACAGGGAAUGAAAGAGCUGUUGAUAAAAAUGAUCUUUUACCUCUUAAAGAAGAAAACACUACUCGGUUUUUGACAGAAGAGUUUCAGGCAAAAUGGACCGAGGAAACAGCUAACAGCAGAAUACAGGAUGUCAAACCAAAACUUUGGAAAAGUGUAUUUAAGAUGCUAACGGCGAAGGACUCAGUAAUCCUGAUUACAGCUGGCAUUAUAAAAACAAUUUGCCGCAUUCUCCAGCCACUGCUUCUUGGAUACCUUAUAAAAUCUCUGAUGAUUACAAGGCUACAACACAAUUACUUUCUCUACGGAUGUGCUUCCGCAUUGGGGAUAAAUGAAUUGAUCUGUUCUCUUAGCAUGCACCAAUUUGACUACCGAUGUGACGUGUUUGGAAUCAGAAUCAGCAGCGCCCUUAAAGGAUUAGUCUAUAUGAAGGUAAAUUAUUAAAAGAAUUAAGAUAAAAUCCAUUAGGAAAUUGAGUAAUUUCAAUUUUCAGUGGACAAAAACCUUGUACCAGAAUAAUUUCAAGCUUAUUGCAUUCUUUUUCACACUUUUCAAGGGCUAUAAAUGUAAUAAGUUGUACAUGAAAUAACUCCGAUGAAAACGUUGUUGGAGCCCGAGAAGACAAACUUCAAAAGCCUUAAAUUUCCAAAAAAAUGAAAUCUUAUGCAUGACGAUUUUACUUGUGUUUUCCCAAUUCCUGUGAAAUUUGAAAUGUAUUUUCUCGGGCUCCGGUAAGAAAUUGUCUUUGGUGUCAUUACAGAUAACUAAUUACAUCUAAGGCCUUAGGUUCUGGUACAAGGUUUUUGUCCACUGAAAAUUACAAAUUUAAAAGUGGAUUCUGUCUUAAUUCAAGAUGUCAGGUGGCCCGAACUUAAAGGUAAAUCAAAGGUUACCUUAAAAACACUUAUCUGUUAGCGAUGGCGGAAAAAGUGAAAAAAAAACGAAUGAUUUUUAUUAGCUUCUAUUUACCAACGCUUGUUCUCAAGAUAGCUUGUCCUUAAAACGAAUAAACUUAACAAAAAAAAAAAACAAGAGAACAAGAGUAUAGUUUUUAUAGUUACUAUGACAAGGACAGAAAAACAACAAUAAAAGACAGCUACUAACCUUUUGUAUGGGAUUUCAUGAAGAGGUCCUGGGAAAAGAAAAGAAAAAUUGAUUCUUUUUAUGGUGGCUCCAUGGGGCUUUUUAGGGACAAUACUUAUCAAGUUUAAGUAUUAAGUAAAUCGCCAUUGACAAAGAUUUGGGAAAAUGACUACCAUACCUGUAUUAGAUAAAGAUGAAAAUUUCUGGUCAUUAGUGUUACAAUGACAUCGGAUUGUCUGUAGCAACGAAAUGACGUCAUUACCUAUGUUACUUGCAGCUUUAUUUCUCGGCACUGAGAGGCUUUUUCUCCAAAAUCGUUCACGGCAGCGUUUUUCUCCAAUAGCUGCCUCGAUGUUCGUGAAGUUUGAGUGUUUUGUUGGGUACUGAUGUUCACAUGAAAAUGAAUCUUGGAGAAAAUACCCUGAAUAAUGAGACACUGUCACUAGUAAACACGAAAUUUCGAACAAGAAAUUAGAGCAUUGUAGCCCUUAUUAUAUUACCUUACAAGUUGUCAAUGAUCUUGAAACUAAAAGGUAUAUAAAAGGACGGUUAAUCACGAGAAUCUCGAAAUCUUAAAAUUAUGUAUGGAACCAUUCCAAAAUUGUUCGCUCAUUUGUUAAAGUAAACCAAACUAUUUACGCUAACAAGAGCACCUCAAUGAAGGCUAAUCAAAUCCUGCUUUCUUGAGAUAGGCUAAAGCUAUCCCAGUGAUCUUUUCAAGCAGGUUUUACUAUUAGGUAAAAUUGCAUUUCAAGAGCGCUUCGUUUUCUAAAGAGAACGGCCGAACAUCAAGAUUGUCCAGAAUUUGCUGAAUUUCUGAUCAUAAAUUUAUCCCAAAAAUAUCUCGAUAACCCUGUCAUAGGUUUCGCUCAAACUUCGAGAAAAUUGAGGCAGCUAUUGGAAGAAAAAGCACCCGUGAAAGAUUUUAGAAAACCCUUCCCAGUGUCAAGAAAUACAGCUCUAAGUAAAAUAGGUAAUGACGUCAUUUCGUUGCUAUGAGGCUCCGAUGUCAUUGCAACGCUGAUCAUAAAAAAAAUUUCAUCUUUGUUUUAUAAAGCUGUGGUGGUCAUUGUUCAAGUCUUUGCUUAUGGCAACGUAGUUUAUGUACAGACCUGGGAGGUAAUGUCCCUGAAAAAAAACCCUCGAGCCACCUAAAAUUAUUAGAACAUUCGAACUGAAGAUGACAACAAAUGUCAAAGUAAACACUUCCAAAGUUUUCAUUAGAAUAGAUAAUGACUAUCAUCAUCAUCACCACCACCAUCACCAUCAUCAUCAUUAAAAUAAUCUUUUUAAUAACCCUCAACAUCAUCAUCGUCGUUUUCAUCGUCGUCGUCAUCAUCAUCACCAUCAUCAUCAUCAUCAGUCCUUUUCGUGCCCAAAGACACAUACGUGGCGAAAUAAUCAAAAGACCAUUCUCUGGAUUUUAAUUAUCGAUAUACUGUCAUAAAAGUUGUUAAAACGGAGCUCUUCUUGCUAGCGACGACCUUAUGUAAAGAUACAUUCAUCAACUUUGUGCUUUUUUGCAGACCCUUCUUCUCAGCAAGGAUUCAUUGCUUAGGUUUUCAUCCGGUCGAGUUAUUGAUCUCGUAUCAAACGAUGUUCAGCGAAUUGAGGGCGAUACUUUCCAGUUGUUUUUUGAGGGAGCUCGAUCUCUUAUGGAGCUCGUAAUCGUAACAUUUUUACUUGUCAACCUAAUCGGAUGGCAGGUUGUGAUGGGAAUCCUUUUACUGUGUAUGCUGAUGCCAUAUUUCGCUGGAUUUUCCUAUGCUGGAGCUGUACUGCGCCUGCGUACAGCAGCGGUUUCUGAUCACCGGAUCACCUUGAUCAAGGAGGUUGUUACUGGGAUCCGGGCCAUCAAAACCAAUGCAUGGGAGGAUGAAUAUAGAGAAAAGAUAAAAAACGUGCGAAGGUAAGGAAACUUUAAAACAAUACACAAACAAAAACACAAACAAACAAACUUUAUUUACCAUAUACUAACGUUACAAAACAAUUACCUGGUUAGAUUGUCCAGGAAGGAACUAAAGCGACUUGUUUCAAACACAGUUACACAUGCAAAAAUAUUGCUUUUUUGGGCACAAAAAUAUUUUUUGCGCCCAAUAAGAGAAAAGCAUUUGAAUGAGUCGUGGAACUCGUUCGUUAAGAGCAGCAUCCCAGAGGGUCUUUCUCCUGUUCUUUAAAAUUUUCGCAGCCAUUUUUCGCGACCAACAGACCGCUCCUGGGUCUCCGAGGAUGUUGUGGUCGUUGUUCAGAAAGUGGUCUUCUGUUGGUAACGUUUUGUGCCGCUUAAGCCCUUCUACAAGGUCUGGGCAUUGUCUCGCUGUGCACGUUAUUGGCGUCAAAGUACAGGAUUUAACUAUAGCUUUUUGUGAUAAUUUUCUGACCUCCGACACUCCAAGGAGAUACCAGCACGGAUUCCAUUUUCGACAAAAAGGUGCAUGCAAUCUCCAGCUUAAUGUUCGCGCUACAAAACGUUUUCUCCUGCGACAACUUGUACGGGUGCUCUCCUUUUCUCACCAGCAACUCGAGCAUUUCUUUGCUGGACUCGUACUGAUUCAGAAUGUCAUCCUUUUUGAGGAUGUCCCUUUGGAUUUGUCGCUAAUUGCACUCAAACGAAUUUUCGAGCCUUUUGUGCAUCAGCUAACAAUUUUCCAUAAAAUGGAGGUUUCCCAGCGAAAACGUUAUGUAUGCUCCAUAUUGUUUGCAAUGUAGUUCUCGUCAUUUUUCCCAAUUUCCUGUAAGGCGUGUUGCGCGUCUAAAUUUUAGAGGUUGUGGAAAAAUUCCUGGGAUUUUUGUCUUUUCUGGGCUGAGCAUAAAACGCGUCAUGUUGCAAUACUCCUGUAUCGGUUCGCGUAGUUUAAAAAUAUUCUGCAAGCAGUAUUUAAAUGGAUAAUACGGGUCACAACGUUCGAAAUCAAAGGUAAAGCGUGGGCAAGUAUCAGCAGUGGGUGGAAUCCCCAUCUUAGAAACAUCUCCAUACUGCUACUAAAGAAAUUUAGCAAAUGUUGUGAUACUUCCUUCCUUUUUUAUUUAUAGCGAUGAAAUCAAUUUGAUCGGUAAGAAGAGCGCUCUUAUGUCGGGCGUUGCUGCUCUCCAAUACAUUUCAUCACCAAUGGCGACUUUUGUGACUGUCAUAACUCUUGUACUAACUGGUCAGCCCCUGACACCACUUAACGUCUUCACGUUACUCUCCUUUAUUAAUCUGCUGAGAUUGAGCUUUUGUGGGGACCUGUCCUAUGCAUUCAUCCAAUCCUAUGACGCUUAUGUUUCACUGAAACGAAUACGAGACUUUCUUCUGUUGAACAACCUUGAAUCAAAUAACACCAGGAUGUAUCAACAGGAAGGAGCAGAAAAAUUCUUACCUCACAAGUUAACAGAUCCUCCACAAACUAAUAUCUUAAGCGUGACAAAUUUUACUCAGCAAAGGCGACAGAUCAGCCUAGACGACGAGUUAGUGCUGCAAGAUAUAAACUUCACAGUUGAAAAAGGAAAUUUAACAGUUAUAACCGGGCCAGUUGGCAGUGGCAAAUCUACUCUUCUGUCAGCAAUUGCAGGUGAGAUACCAGACCAGAACUGGGCCAUAACCUACAAUGGAACUGUUGUUUAUGUGCCACAGAUUCCCUAGAUAUUCUCUGGAACUAUUAGAGAAAACGUUUUGUUUGGUGAACAGUACGAGGAAGCUAAGUACAACAGAGUCAUUGAAGCAUGUGCUUUAACUCAAGACAUCGAGAAGUUUCCAGACUGUGACCAAACGAUCGUUGGAGAGCGGGGCGUGGUGCUUAGUGGAGGCCAGCGGGCGAGAGUAAGCUUAGCACGAGCAGUCUACGCCGAAGGAGAGCUUUACUUGUUGGAUGAUCCCUUAAGUGCUGUAGACUUUAAAGUUGCUCAGCACAUUUAUAGGGAAUGCAUAAAAGGCUUACUCGGACAGAAAACCCGAUUAAUAACUUCCCAUCAAGAACGGGUCAUGCGAGAAGCCGAUGACGUUAUUCCAUUAUAUAAAGGCCGAAUGUUGGGUAAGGGAAGUUUCACUGAGCUAAAAGACAGUGGUAUCCUGAAUACAACUGUUGAAUCAAUUGAUGAGAAAGAAAACGAAUCGGAUUAUAUUGUUGGUCAGAAAAGUGAAGACGAAGAUCACAUUCCUGACAUGAGUGGUAGACCUGUACCAAGGGAAGAGCAGGGUCUCCCUUUAUCAAAAGAAGAUCAAGCCAUCGGAGCGGUAUCCGCAAGGCUCUACUGGAACUACUUUAGAAGUGGAGUACCUUUGCUGGCAAUAAUCACAGCAAUCUGCUUGUUUCUCAUUAGUCAAGGUGAGGCCUUACGAUUACCUAAAUUAUACAGUAUCACCUCACGGGAAAAACUAAGAUUUUCACUUAUUAUUAUGUUCAUAAUUAUUCAUAGUAUUAUUCAUAUUCGUUUCUGAUAAGCUCCAAUCCCCCAGAUAAUUCUUUUUAGUAAAAUCCAACUAAUGGUCUUUUAUCAAUGCUGCGUUCUGAUUGGUUGAGCUACUACUACGCUAUAUGUUAUAGUCCCCUAGUAGCGAAAAGCGCGGGCUUUAUGGCGGCAAAAAAAGGAUUUAAGUCUAGCUUUAACUAGCUAAAAAAUUUUUAUUCUCGAUAUUUUUGACCAACUAGUUGGAUUUUACUAAAACAAUUAUUCCUCUCGCCCUCAUGGCCUCUGAGUCAAUGGCCCAUUCGGCCUUCGGCCUCUCAGAGCCCAUUCGGACUCGAGGAAUAAUUGUUAAAUAACUACCCGGUGGUUAUUUGCUAAAAGAUGUAGGUAAUAUACAACCGAUACGUCUACGCCAAAAAAAUAGUUCGGUGGAGGUCUUCUACAUUUUGAGGAUUUUCUACAGCAAAAAAUAAACCGUGCCGAGAAACGAGGAAAGUUUUUGAAGAGAUUCCACGAAGAGGUAAGGUUGUUAAGAAAAUAAAAAUAUUUCAGUGAAUAAUAGACCAAUUAUUGAAUUCAGCUUUCAUAUAUCAUAAACCGUCCUUAGCCUUCGGCCUCGAUGGAUAACGCCCGCCUUAAUCUGAAUUUUUUUUUACAUCAUACUCAGCCUCAUUCCAUAAUGUUAAGAACUCGCUAAGGGUGAUAAUAUGACUUCGAAUGGACAUCCGUACUUUAAUUUUGACGGAUGUGCUUGAAACAGAUUCUAGAAAGUCAGUUUAUUAUUGCAUUUUACAAAAAUAAAAGUAGCUCAACCACCUUUCUUUUCGUACAAUCAAAUCGUCCGACUCUGCAUCGUCUGUGAAGAAACAUAUCCUUAGCCAAAAUGUCUUUUCUUUUUAGGGGUUACCUAGCGAGGUGAAAAUGAGUAAGUGUCCAUGACUGGCGCUGGCUAUGCACCGAAGUGAACCCAUUGUAAUUAAAUGUCCGCGUAAAAACUAAGUGAUGUGUGACGGCUGUUAUGAAAGUGCAGACUGCUCUGUCAAAAAUGCAAGAUUGGUUUUAUUGUCAAACUCCGACAGAUGUAAUUAGAAUUUCCCCUCACUAAUAAGAAAAGUUUUGAAUAAGAAUAAGAUUUUGCCUUUGCAUUAUGGCUAAGCUGUCAUCGUAAAAUGUUUCCAUGGCGACAGUGUUGCUCACUUACAGUAGCGUCGUUAUGAGAUCGUCGCCUGAUUUGAGCAGUAAAACACUCCAAAAGGAGUGACUGAUAACUAAAAAAGACUGUUAACUACCAGGAUUAUAGCAAAAACGCAAAGUAAAAGAAAGGCAGAGGGAGGGAUGGCAUCUAACCUCGCCUAAGAACAAGAUAAUGAUGACUCGUGGAAGAACCAGCAGAUCUAUACUCGCACAAUAGUACGGAAGGGAGAGCAAAAACAAGGUGCGAACCGAUAGAAUUGUGUUUUUGCUAUGAUAUAUCCUAUUUUGCAAAGAGAGAAAUUAUCUUGGACAGUCUGUGAUGAGCUCUUCAAAAUAUAAUGAGGGUAUCAUGUUUAUGUAUUUAAGUAAUUAUGAAAUAUUGAAUGGCGCUGAGUAUGAUAAAGAAAACUAUGCCUGUCGGGGAGGGUGUUAUGCAACGAGGUCCAAGGCGGAAUAAGGGGAUGACAGCCUCCGGGAACUACACAUCUCCAUAUCAUACAAAAGCCUAUCAUUAUUUUCCUGAUAUUAUGUUUAGCAAUCAUGGUAUACUGCGAUGUGUGGCUGUCACGUCUGACAAAGAAACGUCCAGGAGAUCAAACGAAUGAGUCAGACCUCAUCAUCUAUGGCUCCCUUGUAGGGGCUUCUUUCAUAUUUCUCUUCAUUCGAGCAUUUGGCUUCUAUCUGCUAUCUUUACGAUGUUCUGAGUGUCUUCAUGAUAGAAUGGUGGGGGCUAUACUUCAAGCACCGGUCUUUUUCUUUGAUUCAAAUCCCAUGGGAAGAAUGAUGAAUCGGUUUUCUAAAGAUAUUGGAGCCAUGGAUGAAGUACUACCCAAAACGUUUCUGAGAGCAAUGCAAAGGACCUUGCUGAUGUUCACCUCAAUUCUUCUACCAACUGUUAUAAACCCUUGGCUUCUGUUUGCUGUUAUGCCAAUAGCUGUGUUAGCAGGACUUGUUUCAAGAUAUUACUUAAAGACGUCAAGAGAACUAAAAAGAUUGGAGUCGAUUAAUCGCAGCCCUGUCUAUUCUCAUUUUUCGGAAACCCUCGAUGGACUGGAAACGAUUCGGACAAGAAACAGGGAAGGAAAUUUCAUGGAUGCGUUUUGCAGGUAUGUUACGCUUAAUGCAGUUUAAUCUUUUUUUAAUUAUCUAAGUUUAUGACCCCGAGUUAAAUGAGUACAUGAUUUAAGCUUACUCUGUAGGGGAUAAAGUGAGUGCACGAAUCCUUUUUAAAAUUUAAUCCCCCCAUGCCAAUAACAGGACAUUCUUGGACUUAGUUCAUAUACAAUAAUGUUACAACACUAUCCCGAUGUAGUCAAGAGUACCCCUGUUAAAACGACCGAUCUCUGCAUUCUCUUGGCCGGCAUUUUGGUAUGUAGGUCUUCAAUUUAACAAAUUGACGCCAGCUUGACGACAGACAAAUAAAAAACUGGCGUUAAUUUGUUUUUACACAAUAACAAAAGCGCGAAAAAGUCAAAUUUGCCGAUAAAAAUGAAGAAAACAAAACAAAGUUAUGACUUUUGUAAACUAGCGCAAUGUUAAUUGUCAAUAAUUUUUCUCGCUUGUUGAUUGGCUACCGAAGACAAGCAACGGAGUUUCAUUGGUUAAAAAUUUAACAGGUUGAGUCACGCCACUGCCCUGCAUAAAUUAGGAAUUUAUUGUUUUCCAAACUUCUAUUCAGAACAAGAAUGAAGUCAGCGAUGUUUAUUGUGUCGAAAAAUGGAAGCAUUUUAGGGUAUCAUAAAGUCAUAAACUAAGCCCACGGUUAAAAAUUAUUCCAAGGAAACGGAUUUUGGAGCCGCCGUUAAAAUAACCGAACAAAUCGAAGCGAUGUACGGUGGAGCGAGUAGCCAAGCAGUUUUGAAAAGUUGCUAACCGAACAGUACAAACAGAAAUCGUGUCACUGUUCUUUACUUCAGUUCAAGUCUUGUUUUUCGUUCUGAACACUUUUCAGCAAUAUGAACUGCGUUUAAUCAAACCAAAAGGGGGGUUUUACACGCAUGUAGUCUUCAAUUCAACUUACCAGGUGUUUACAAAAAGUUUCAUAAGGAUUUUUUUAAAAAGUUUGUUUUCCUUUCGGUACAAAGAAACUGAAAAACAAUCAGUACUUUUCGAAAGAAAACUACCGUGAUUAAUGUCUUUAUUUUGAAUAAACUAGACUUUCAGAAUUGUUUUCUUACAAUUUUUAACUUCAAAAACAUGUAUGAAUGUUAAAAGCUUAUCUGAAUCCGGCGCAGUUUUCAAGCAGUACAAUUUCCAGCAAAUCGUCUUCGCUUUUGGAAACUAAGCGUUCUUGUUUAGUUUCCUCUGCUUUAGCUUUUUGUAGAGAAUUCAGUUAGGAUGUAUGUGUUGCAUCAGAGCUAUCUGGCUAUGUUUCUUAGUAGACAGAAAGUGAAUCUUCUACGAAACUAAACUUUGUAAAGAAGUUUGGCAUUCGUGCGGCAAAUGAUCGCUUCUUGCAUCACACAAAUAUUCUGACAUAGUCCCUUCUGCCGGGCUUUAACAACCGCGGACCGAGUGGUGGUAUGCUAAACAUACGACAAAAAGAAGGUCUAUAACUACAUCCAUAUGAUUGUGUUGUUUUUAGGUACCAAGAUAUCCAUACUCAGUCAUACAUUAUGGUUUUUGCCAGUCAGCGUUGGCUUGGUGUACGCUUGGAUUGUCUCUCUGCUCUGUUGACAUAUGCUGUGGCUCUUGCUGCAGUUUUUGUGUCUCUAGAUGCUGGUAAAUUCACUAGUACAUGUAAUGAGAAACGGGACUGGUUAUUCCAUGUCUAUAUGUGAGAUUCAUUUUUUAAGAUUCCUUCCACUCUACGCAAUGUGCGAUGCAUUGGAAUAGAUAAGAUGAGAUGAGAUGAUAUAAAGCCUGUUUAGACUUAAGCGAGCCUCAUCGAAAAUGACAUAAGUUCUUGAAAUGGCAAGGAAAACUUUUCAGAGCUAAGAAAUCUGGUCGGAUUUUCCCCAAUCUUAACAAUAGGGCAAAAGACUGUUUCUUUUCCUACAUAAACAGUGCCGCUAACUCAGCUUAUUGAUCGUAUCAUAUAUAUUCUUACCUGUCUGUCUUUUAGUUUUUUUCGAUCUUGCUUAGGUUACGUAAUCAGAAGCGGGUGAAAAGCGUGCAGACAGAUUAGAUUUGUCCCUGGUAGGUGUUCGGUUUUGUUUUGAUGGAUAAUUUUCUCUUUCAUUUCUUGCAGCGUUAGUUGGACUCUCUUUGGUUUACAUAGUCCAGACCGUGAAUCUAACGCAAUUUACUGUCCGUCAGUUGACGGAGGUCGAGACUCUAAUGACAUCAGUUGAGCGAGUGAUGACCUACACAGGGAUUAAAUCUGAACCUGGGUACAAAGUGGAACGAAAUCCCCCGGAAAUCUGGCCAAAUGAGGGAAGUAUCGCAUUCAAAAACGUAAGCCUAACGUACUAUUCAGGGGGUCCUCGAAUCCUGAAGAAUAUUACACUAAACAUCAAUGGAGGAGCUAAAAUAGGAAUUGCGGGCCGGACGGGUGCAGGAAAAUCUUCUUUCGUGGCGGCGCUGAUGCGCAUGCCUGAAGCUGGUGGAGAUAUAUUGAUUGAUAAUAUCAAUAUAGGCAGUAUCAACCUCCGAGACUCUCGACGGGCAAUAACUGUUCUUAGACAAAAUCCUUCCCUUUUUAGUGGAACGGUGAGGCAAAAUCUAGAUCUGAUGGAGCAGUUUCAAGACGCAGAUUUAUGGCGAGCUUUGGAACAGGUGCAGCUGAAAAGUCUUGUAGAGAAUCUGGAGGGUCAGUUGGAUCAUGAAUUAUUGGAGCACGGUGCAAAUCUAAGUGUAGGUGAACGCCAGCUUAUUUGCUUGGCUCGCGUGCUGCUUCAAAAUAAGAAGAUCGUCAUCUUGGAUGAGCCCACUGCACACGUGGAUCCAGAAACAGAGCAAACAAUCUGGAAAGUAGUAAGGCAGAAACUGAAAAAUUCCACGGUUAUCACAGUAGCACAUCGCUUAGACACAAUUAGAGACUGUGACAAGAUUUUAGUUUUAAAAAGUGGGGAAGUACAUGUGUUUGAUAAUUUUGAUGUGCUAUUGAAUAAAAAACGAGGAAUUUUGAGCUAA